AUGUUCAUGGUGUUCCAUGUAGAGGGGUACCGCAAGGGGUUCGAUGAAGGCACGCGACAAGGAAUGAUUGAUGGUCGGAAACAUAGAGCAUCACAUGGCGCCAAGCUUUCAACGGAGGUUUCCUUCUAUUAUGGAUUUGGAAUCACUUGGAAAUGCCUUCUUCAAAACAACACAGAUGUGAAAGCCAGAAAAAGGCUGAAAGCCUUGGAAUCUCCUCUUGGGUUGAUUCUGAAGUUCCCCCAUGAAGAACCUCAAUAUGAAAAUCUACAGGAAGACAUGGAGAAMGUUCGGGCCAAGUUUAGACUGGUCUGCUCUCUGUUAAACGUGCCAACAGACUUCAGUGAUUAUGUGAAGUCUGGGGGGAUAUCCUUCUGA